AUGGCGCCGAUCCAGAAAGAAUGCGACUACCUCGUCAUUGGUGGCGGCUCGGGUGGUCUUGCCAGUGCACGAAGGGCUAGUGGCAUGUAUGGCGCAAAAGUCAUUGCGGUGGAAAAUAAGAGGUUGGGAGGCACUUGUGUGAAUGUUGGAUGUGUGCCGAAGAAGGUUACGUGGAAUGCGGCGAAUAUUGCUGAGACGAUCAAGGAUGCUAAGGCGUAUGGGUUCAGUGUUGAGCAGACGGCUGCUUUUGACUGGACUGGCUUCACGGAGAAGAGAGCUGCGUACAUCAAGAGACUGAAUGGCAUCUAUGAGAAGAACCUGAAAAAUGACAAGGUGGAGUACCUGCACGGAACUGCUUCGUUCCAGGAUCCUCACUCUGUGAGAGUUGAGCUGGAUGAUAAGAGCCAUGUGGACAUCAAGGCAAAGAAGAUUUUGGUAGCUGUUGGUGGAUUCCCGAACAUCCCAUCUACAGAAGGUGCCGACCUGGGUAUCACUUCUGAUGGCUUUUUCGAGAUUAGCAAGCAGCCAAAGAAGGUGGCUGUCGUUGGUGCUGGAUAUAUCGCAGUAGAGAUGGCCGGCAUGUUCCACGCACUCGGCACGGAGACCCAUCUUUUCAUCCGACAGGAUAAGUUCUUGCGAUCGUUCGACCCUAUGAUCCAGGAUAAGGUCGUCGCCGAGUACGAGCGUCAAGGUAUCCACCUUCACAAGCAGUCAUCACAAUCGAAGGUCGAGGAUAUUGGUGAUGGAUGGAAGAGACUGCACUACAAGGACCAAAACGGCGAGGGUACCAUGGACAUCGACUGCUUACUGUGGGCAAUUGGCCGUUCUCCCGAACUGGCGAAGCUCAACUUCGACGUCACUGGCGUGAAGCUGAACGACAAGGGCCACAUCACCGUAGACGACUACCAAAACACCAACAUCGACCACAUCUACGCCCUCGGCGACGUCUGCGACAAGGGCUUUGAGCUCACACCAGUCGCUAUCGCCGCAGGCCGCAGACUCUCCGACCGCCUCUUCGGCGGCCAAAAAGACGCCAAGCUCGUCUACGAGAACAUCCCCUCAGUCGUCUUCGCCCACCCAGAAGUUGGCAGCGUUGGUCUAACCGAGCCAGAGGCACGAGAGAAGUACGGCGAUGACGUCAAAGUCUACGACACGAGCUUCACCGCAAUGUACUACUCCAUGAUGGAGCAGGAAGACAAGGGCCCAACAGCCUACAAGCUGAUCUGUGCGGGCAAAGACGAGAAAGUCGUGGGCCUACACAUUCUUGGAUCAGGAUCUAGCGAAAUCCUUCAAGGCUUCGGCGUUGCGCUCAAGAUGGGCGCGACGAAGGCGGACUUUGAUCGCUGUGUUGCUAUCCACCCCACUUCGGCGGAGGAGCUUGUUACGUUGAAGUAG